AUGAUCUCUUCCGCUCUCUUCGCAGUCUUUGGUCUGGCAGCUACGGUCAUUGCUGCGCCUCCUCGCCCUCGCAUGCUAGCUGCCGACGAUAUCAUUCUCCUUGGCCACGGCGGCACCUCAAAAAUCAUAAAAGCAACGGACUACGAUGCUCUCGAGACUGCCACCUCUAUACCCGCACAAAUUACAUCAUACAAUGCCACAAGCACACCUGGCCUGAUCCGUCGCGGCUGCCAGCAGAGUUCCGAGGUCCAAGUCAUGUCAGAUGAAGAGUUCCUCAACUGGGACGUUGCCAUCUCCCCCGUCGUUUCCUCCUUGGAAGGUAGCUCCGCUGGCAUCAGCGUCUCCAACGGGGUCGAAAUCAGUAAUUCGCUCACCAUCGGUUCUGAAAUUACCAUUGGGGGCUCAGACAUCAUCAGCGUGUCUUUGGGCAUGAAUCUGGACAUGUCCUGGUCUACGUCUCAGGAAAACUCCCUCGAAUUCGAUAUCCCGGCGAACAUGUACGGCGUCAUAGUCAGCCAGCCUUUUGUGCGUCGCGUACAGGGUAACUUAUUUACGGGGUGCACGGAUAACCCGACAAAGACACCUUUCAUGGCGGACACGUACGAGAGCCAGGGCUAUGGCCAGCUGGCUUGGGUGAAGGGUGUCAUUCGGCUCUGCACGAGCAAAACUUAUCCUAUUCCCUACUGCAUUGGCGAGGGCCAGCACAAGUGA